AUGCUGUUUUCCAGCAUCACAAACAUUGGUUUCAUCGUCGCCCUAGCGGCAAGCUCAGCGUUAGGUGCUGUAAAUACCCGGCAAACUGUCGACGACCUUAGCAAAGUACACAUCAGCAUCAACAAGGCCAAAGAUGCAAUGGACCGUUGGAACGGAGGCCUCAUGGGCGCAAUUCCUGUUGCUCACAGCAUUUAUAACGCGCAAAAGACAGCCGAGGGUGCCAGAGCAAACCUGGGAAACACUGAUCCGUUCGAAGGAGACGAUAAGCACCAGGUCAUGCGUGCCUACAAGGGCUUGCAGCCAGAUUUCAUCAGCGCCAUACGCGCCGCCGAGGAAAAGGCUCCCGCGUUCAAGAAAGCUGGAGUGGCGUACGUUGCCCGAGGAAUGCUCGGUAGUCUCAGGAUGGAGAAGGAUGACUUUGAAACGGCCAUGAAGCGUACAAUGACGGAAGAGCACUAUCGUGAGGUGGUUCCUUUUGUAAAUGAGGUCGAUGCUGCCUUCGUGGAUGCUGAUAAGGCUUUUGCAUCUUAG